GCACAUUGUGUGAUUUGUACUAACAAUUCCUGUGUGUUCCUCUCCAACAUGGUGUGUGUGUGUGUGUGUGUGUGUGUGUGUGUGUGUGUGUGCGUGUGCGUGGUUCUGCUGCACUGGUAACAGGGCUGUGGGGUGGUCGAAUUCAAAGAUGAGGAGUUUGUGAAAAAAGCCAUGGAGGUGAUGAAUAAACACGACCUCAGUGGCCGACCCCUGAACAUUAAAGAGGACCCAGAUGGAGAGCACGCACGGCGUGUGUUACAACGAGGUGGAGGUGGCUACCCCGGGGGCAGGGGGCACGACAGUGGGCCAGGCCAGGUCAAUCUGCCCCCCUCCAUCUCUAACAACCCCAACAUCCCCCAUGACAUCAUCAGCGCUCUGCAGCACGGCCGACUUGGCUCCACCGUGUUCGUCGCUAAUCUGGACUUUAAGGUGGGCUGGAAGAAGCUGAAGGAGGUGUUUGGCAUGGCUGGAGUGGUGAAGAGAGCUGAUGUGAAGGAGGAUAAAGAUGGGAAGAGCAGAGGAAUGGGAACGGUCACCUUUGAACAGCCUCUGGAGGCCGUGCAGGCCAUCUCCAUGUUUAAUGGUCAGAUGCUGUUCGACAGGCAGAUGCACGUUAAAAUGGAUGAUAAGUCUUUGCCUCCUGAUGAUUUCCGCUCGAGUGAUAAAGCCCCUCAGCUGCCAAGAGGUUUGGGGGGUAUUGGGAUGGGUCUGGGUCCUGGUGGACAGCCAAUCAACACCAACCGUCUGAGUGGAGGAGGAAUGGGCUCUGUGGGUCCUGGAGGGAUGGAUGGAGGUGGGUUUGGAGGAAUGAACAGAAUGGGAGGAAUGGGUGGAGGAUUUGGAGGGAUGGAUGGAGUUGGAAUGGGAGGAGGAUUUGGAGGGAGAGACAUGACACCCAUGGGCAGGAUGGGAGAUAUGUACAGGUCUGGUAUGGGGAUGAUGGAUCGUGAUUUUGGGCGCAGUGAUAUGGCCAUGAGCAGACCCUUUGGAGACUCGUUUGGGGGACUAGGUGGAGGAAUGGGGGGAUAUGGAGGAGGAAUGGGGAACUCUAGCAUGGGCCCAAUGGGGACAGGAUUAGGAGGAAUGGGUAACAUGGGAAUGGACCGGAUGAGUGGAUUUGACCGGAUGGGCGGGAAUAUGGAAAUGAGCCGCAGCUUCAGCCAAUUUGGAGGCAGCUCGGGUCACAUGGGUGGAGACCGAGGGUCGGGGUCAAAGGGUGGAUGCCAGAUAUUUGUGAGAAAUCUGUCCUAUGACCUCACCUGGCAGAAACUGAAGGAGAAGUUCAGCCAUUGUGGUCAGGUGAUGUAUGCGGAGAUAAAGAUGGAGAACGGGAAGUCUAAGGGCUGUGGGACGGUGCGCUUUGACUCCCCGGAGAGUGCUGAGCAGGCCUGCAGGAUGAUGAAUGGAACCAAAAUAAAUGGCAGAGAGGUGGACGUGCGCAUCGACCGUAACGCCUGAACACACACACACACACACACACACACACAUCCCAUUGUCCACUUUCAUUCCCUUUAAGAGUUUUUGUUUUGUUUUAGAAACACUUUUCUGAACAUUUGGACUCUCUCGUGCUCUCGCUCUCUCACUCUCUCUCACACACACACACACACACACACACACACACACACACACACACUACAAAUAAUCAGCAAGAUCCAGCUCGUAGAUGAUGUGCAUAAUGUUUGUUUAUACGCCGUGGCUACCUUUUUAUUUUUUUGUAAACUUCUUUUUAAUUUGUGCAUCAAUUUAUUUGAAUUAUGAAAAUAAAUAAACUUUUUAAUUUUUAA